AUGGGUCUCUUCCGUCGCUCAGUGAGCGCCUACUCCUCGGCAUCAUCACACUCCUCGACUAUCGACUCUGCUUCGGAACCAACCAGCUCAAGAACGAGCAUGGAUUCUACCUACGAACGAGAAGUCUCAGACUCACUAGCAACAAUCACAAAACUACAACCUAUACCAGCGCCCGCGGCGCCUAUACUCAGUCUUCCCAUUGAGCUGAUACGACAUGUCAACACAUACCUAGACACUGCAACCGCAGCUUCAUUCUGCCUAUCAAGCCGCUACAUCUACUACGCCCUUGGCACCAACGUACUCACUAGACACAUCGAUGGCAGCAAGAACCGUUUCGAAAAGCGACGAGUAAUCGAAGAAGUCGUAGAACGCGCAUUCCCCGGCCACUGGUUCUGCGCCUGGUGCGACAAAUUCCACGCCUGGGACGCAUCCGAGAGUCCCAACCACGCUGAGCCCAGCCCACCGCAAUCCCCCAGAUGGACGAAAACCACAACAACAACACCAUCGCCGCCAAAGCAGCGAGAAUGCUUAGACUACAACAGCUACCUCACCGGCUCCCCCACAUACACCCUCCGCUACCACCACAUCCGCCUAGCACUAAACGCCCACCUGCAUGGCCCCAGCCACGGCAUCCCCCUCUCCACCUUCUCCCACGACCACAAAACCAUGGCACGCAUCUCAAAAACACCUGUUCCAACUACCCUGCGCAUACGCGCCCGUAUCUCACAAACCAACAACUUCCUCCUCCAUACCUCCUUCGCCAUCAUUCUCCCCUCCUUCACAACCCACAGCAAGCACCUGCUCAAGCACCUCUGGCCACUCUUCCCACACGCCCUCACCGGUCACCGCGACACAGACUGCGGCCACGCCGGUCUCAUGGCCGCCGUUGAUAAUGUGGUGCGACGAGGUUGGAAAUACGCCUUCACACAGAGUUGUGAGGUUUGUGGGGCUGAUUGGGCGGUCAGCAGACAAGAUUUUGUGCAUCAGACGGGUGGCCAGGUUAGGCUUGUGGUGCAGAGUUGGCGCGAUUUAGGGAAGGGGAGGAGUCCGUUUGAGAGGGCGUGGAGGGGUCAUGGGGUUGCUGCUGAGGGAAUGGGUGGGGGAGAGGUACAAGUGGCGUUUUUGGGGCUGGGGGUCGCUGGGGGGAGGGCGGGUGCUGUGAGGGAGAUGUUUGAGCAAGCUGGAGAAGAGGGUGUUGCGAAUGGGAGUGAGAAGAAGGUUGAUGCUAGACCGUCGAGAUUGCAUCGCACCUUUAGUCGGAGUCAACGUGCGGAUGAUAGCGAUAUCGAAGUUAGAAGAUCGAGUGCUAGACCGCGGUAUUGGCGGACGCGGGAGGAGAAUGAAGAGGUAUUUAGGAAAAGAGAGGAGGAAAGACUAGAUGCGCAGAGGAACUUGGCGGAGCAGUUAGCACGGUUGGAUGUCAUAAGGGGAAGGAGUAUGGUCUAUUAGUUGGAUUUUGGGAGUUUAAGUGUAUGGGAAAGUGUUGCGAGUUGAUACCAGAUAGAUCACAUUUUUUUUCGUUAUUGUCAUUGGGAAUGGAGUCUAGGUGAUGUGGUUGAUGGGCGGGGAGUUGUAAGUUUAUAUUUCUCUUCGUUUAUGUGGUUCACUUGAUUGUGUGUUCCCUUUCUUUCUCUUAACAGGCGAGCUUCCCAGUCUCCCAUAGUAAGACAUAUACAUACCUUAGGUUCAAAAA